AUGUCUUUCACCGACUUCUCCAAGAUUGAAACUUUGAAGGAAUUGAACACCUUCUUGGCUGACAAAUCCUACAUUGAGGGUACCUCUGCCUCUCAAGCUGACGUCUCUGUCUACAAGGCUUUCCAACAGGCUUACCCAGACUUCGCCAGAUGGUUCAACCACAUCGCUGUUAAGUCUGGUCAGUUCGAUUCCUUGCCAGCUGCCAAGGCCCCAGCUGCCCCAGCUGAAGCCGAGGAUGAUGACGACGAUGUUGACUUGUUCGGCUCCUCCGACGAAGAGGUCGACGAGGAGGCUGAGAAGUUGAAGGCCAAGAGAUUGGCUGAAUACAACGCCAAGAAGGCCGCCAAGCCAAAGCCUGCCGCCAAAUCCAUCGUUACCUUGGACGUUAAGCCAUGGGACGACGAAACCGACUUGGAGGAGAUGCUCGCCGGCGUCAAGUCCAUUGAGAUGGACGGUUUGGUCUGGGGUGCUCACCAGUGGAUUCCACUUGGUUUCGGUAUCAAGAAGCUGCAAAUCAACCUGGUUGUUGAAGACGCUAAGGUCUCUUUGGAAGACUUGCAGGUGGCUAUUGAGGAGGACGAAGACCACGUCCAGUCCACCGACAUUGCUGCUAUGUCAAAAUUGUGA